CUCUGUCUCUCUCUGUGCAUAAUUUAUUGACUUGUUUAAUUUCCUGCAGCGGAAACCACUUAAUUUCACAUUUAAAUACCCAGUGCAACAGUUCAAAAUGUUGUGAAGAAUAUGGACUGGAAAACCCGUGUGCUGGUCAAAUAGGAGUACUAGAAUGAGUGCAAAGUCAAAAUCAUUGAAGACUAACAAAAUGCAUGAUCUGCAUUUGUCAGAGAAAUGUGGCAGAGAGCACUGUAAGGAAUGGAGAUCCUUGGAAUCAUCACCUAGAAGUUUAAAUGCACCAGGUGCUUUGCAAAAGAAACCUUUGGUGCAGAGCAUGGUUAGGAAAGUGAAACGGUGGCGAUCUAGAAGGGAGAGAAAUCAACUGAUACGUGAGACUACAGAAAAAAAUGUAUAGUGCUGCAAAUAUCUAUAGGACCCAUCACAGCCAUGCACAGAGCAGGUUCUACCAUGGGACAACAAAUGUCUUAAAAAAAGGCAGAAUCGGUGUUAGCCUGCCGUGCAGGUCAAAUACCCCAGUUAUCACUGAAGGUCGUCUAAGCACCCAUCUUGGCCUGUUUAACAGGAAAGUAAAUUCUGUUGACAUUGAACGCCUUCUAAAUGAGCAGAACUCAAAUGAGACCAUUUCUGAACAAAACAUCAGUAAAGUAGCAAAUAGUAUUGCAAAUAGUCAAACAACAGAAUUAUCUUGCACAAUCACUGCUGUACAAUCCCAGGUUCCACAUUUGUAUGACAUAGAAAGUCAAGACCCACACAUACAGGAUUCAGAAUCAGUUGGUGUGGGUGUGGAAGGUGUCAGUUUAGGUCAGCAACCUGCAGUUUCAGAAGAAAUUAUUUCAGAAAUGCCUAACCUGCCAAAUCAGAAUUUUGAUCAGGCAGAUGACAGAUCUCCAGAUUCACAUACCAAUGUUUCAGCUAUUACUAACCUUAAAAUGGCAGAGGCACAUUCUCACCCUCCAGUUCUGCCUGAUAAUAAAUUAGUUAAUAUACAAAGCCAGUCUAAAAAUUCCACAACAAAUGAGAUGGGAAUGUUGUCCAAAAAGGAUAAGAGUGUUUUCUUAGAACUGGAAACUCACAAACGUGGAAUUGGUGAAAUGGAUGUGGAAAGCGGCAGACCUCGUGUUCCAGUAGAUGAAAUAGCCUCAAAAUUAAACAGACUUAUAAGAAAAUUACCUUUGCAAAUUGGAAGGGAUCUCCUUUCAGAAACAAAAGUCGUACUUCAAAGACUACUCAAGGAAAGACAUGAGCGAAUUCCAGAUAUGAGCCAGUUGCAUAUCCAGAAAAAUGUGGACUGUCAAACAGUAUCUGCUUCAGUUGAAGAGGGAAUGCUACCUAGAUCAGAAUGGAAAUUGCCCAGCGACAUUGGCAAUAGACAUUUACAGGCUUCUCAAUUGCAAUUAAUGCAAAACAUGUCAAGGAAAAGAAGGAGAAAAACGGAUUUUUCACGAAAAAUGAAUGAAGCUCUCAACUUCUCUGACCAGCCAUUUAUCAUUUUGGAUAAUGAAGAGCCUUUUACAAUUCUUAAUCAGCGCUCAGAGAGCCCAGCAAGUUAUGGUGAACACUCAAAUCCAGUUCUUUUUGAAACAAAUUUUUUGCAUUUUGAUGAUGAGCAAAACACAACUAAUACCAGUUUUUUUACAAAGUUUAAUUUAAAACCAUCUGUACAAGCUGAUGACAUCUUUCACCUUGCAGAACCAGUGACGAAUGAAGUGGACUAUGUCUGCAUAUCAUCAUCUAGCACUAGCUUGGACUCUUUAAAACUGUCAGAAAAAAGAACAAGAUCCAUGUCUUAUCCUGUGACUUCAUACCAGUCACACGCAGGCGACUGUCAAUCAUCCUGCACAUUUAACACAGCCAACCCUCCCUAUGAUUUUCCCCAUUGGUCUUUGCAGACAAUGCAGGAAGGGUGUCACUAUUCUGCCUUCAGCAUGAGUCCGAAGUUUUAUUCUAUUGAUGCUGUUGAUCCUUGCCAUUAUACAGACAAUAUUUUUUUUUUACAAUAAUAACUUACUUUUGGGACGUAACAAAAAUCAGAUGGGUCUUUUUCCAGAGAUCAGCAACUAUCAGAUAAAAAAGGAAGACAAUAACUGCAUGGCAAAGGUAAAACCUGCUGAGGAUCACAUGCACACAUGUGAUGGGAAAGCAUUAAGGGGCCAGUUUUUUUCACCAUUUCCUCUCUUGAUGCAUCAUUCAAAAAUAACAAAUAGUCUGCCUAUGACUACCAUUCAUAAUUGUGACUUGGCUGAGGCAAGCUCGUCUCAAUCAGAUUCAUUGCGGUUAAGCAGCAGUCCAGAUGUCUGGACUUUCCCUAGAAUGAAACUCUAUUAACUGCUCAAGAAAUGUGAUGUGGUUAAAUUUCAUGUGGUUGUGUGGACCUCGUUAUGACAGAAAAGAAACUUAUGAGUUCUUCUGAUCAAGAACUCUACUCUUUAUACUGGCUCGAUCUAUAAAUGUUAGUUUUUCUUCUAUCUAAAGUAGUGCACCUGACAAUGUAAAUUUGUACUAUUCAUGUUAUUUCUUUUUUCUUUUUUACAUUUCAAAUGACAAUCCUGUGCAUGGUUUAUAGUGUAAAAUAAAAUCUGUUACUGUCAUAAAUAAUUGAUGAAGUGUGAUAUUUUGGAUCGAGUGUCCUUAAAUAAGUUUACUUUUGAGGAGUUUUGGUAAACCUUUCCCUAAUUUUAAGUAGUAGAAUAUUAAUUCAUUUGUAGCCUUAUGCAU